GCCCUGUGAAGGGGCGGUUUGGUCAAUGCACUGCAGAGUACACACUCCGUUCUCGGCAGUUGCUUUAUCUGUUUAUCCCGCAAUAAAUUGUAAACACAGCUAGCUAAAGGUUGAACUGUCCUUCUUAUACGGUAGCGGACAAAGUUUGUUUUGUGUCUGUCUGCUGAGGCAAAGUGAAGACGUCAAGGAUAUAGCGCCAGAUUGAUGGAGAAGAAUGGCCCGAAUCUCGUUGGACUGCACCAACUCUUUACCAGGGAUCCCCCUCAGUGUGCUGUCAGUGCCUAUGGAGAAUAAGUACAAAUGUCAGCAGUGUCUCCAGGUCCUGAGGAAGCCUGUCCAGGCUCAGUGCGGCCACCGCUUCUGUGUACACUGUUUCAAGCAGCUCACCAGUUCUGGGCCAAAGCCUUGUGAAGCCUGCCGCCAUGAGGAGAUAUAUGAGGAACCUAUUUCCAUCCUAAAUAGUAAUGAGGCAUUUCCCGACAAUGCAGCCGGCCGAGAAAUAGCAAGUCUGCCUGCCAGGUGUUUGAACCAGGGCUGUGAUUGGACAGGCUCAAUAAAAGAGUAUGAGGCUCAACAUGAAGGUCGCUGUGAAUUUGAGCGGAUGCAGUGUGAGGCCUGCCAAACCUCAAUCCUUCGUACAGACAAGGACAGACAUAAUGAGAGAGAAUGUGAAGCAAGAACGCUCAACUGCAAAUACUGCAAAAUUACCUUCAACUUUAAAGACAUCAAGGCCCAUGAUGAGAUCUGUCUGAAGUUUCCCUUACAAUGCAAGGACUGUGGCAAGAAAAAAAUCCCAAGAGAAAAGUUCAAUGACCACAGCAAAUCCUGCGCCAAGUCAAAGAGCGCCUGUCCGUUCAGUGAUGUGGGCUGUAAAUCUGUGAUAGAUAACGGGAAGCUCGCUGACCAUGAGCACAGCAGCACCAUGGAGCACUUGCGUCUGCUGCUGCCCAUGGUGCUGUCCACGGCUCGGACGCGUGCCGACCACGCUGCUGCUCACGGAGAGUGGCAGGAGGACUCUGGCCUGGGCCUGUACAGGGCUCCUGAGGAGGGGGUCACUAUGGGCUCUGGCGCUGCGGCCUCCAUGCAGUCUGUGGACGUGGACAAAAAGGUGAACGCUUUAGAAAACAUUGUGUGUGUCCUAAACCGAGAAGUGGAGCGCAGUUCAGUCACGUUGGAGGCUUUCUCACAUCAGCAUCGGUUAGACCAGGACAAAAUUGAAAACCUCUCCAACAAAGUGCGUCAGCUGGAGCGGACAGUCACCAUGAGAGACUUGCAGCUGUCUGAAACCGAACAGUUGCUGCGAGAACUCCAGUUCUGCACCUACGACGGGAUAUUUGUGUGGAAAAUCUCUGACUUCUCACGCCGCAGACAGGACGCUGUGGCCGGUCGAACACCUGCAAUGUUCUCACCAGCAUUUUACUCCAGCAAAUACGGCUACAAAAUGUGUCUGAGGCUUUAUCUGAACGGCGAUGGGACGGGCAGAGGGACGCACCUGUCGCUGUUUUUUGUCGUCAUGAGGGGAAAGUGUGACGCUCUGCUCAAAUGGCCAUUCAGUCAGAAGGUGACUCUAAUGCUCUUGGAUCAGAACAACAGGGAGCACAUCAUCGAUGCUUUCCGCCCCGAUGUCACCUCCACCUCCUUUCAGCGGCCGAUCAGUGAGAUGAACAUUGCCAGUGGCUGCCCGCUCUUCUGUCCGCUGGCUAAACUGGCCGGCAAGAGCCCCUAUCUGAGAGAUGAUACCAUUUUCAUCAAAGCCAUUGUAGACCUCACAGGCUUGUAACUGGGGAAGCUGUGGAAGCUACACCAAAGCAUUUAUAAAAACAAACAAUUCAUAUAUAAUAAUAAUAGUGAUAAUAACAAUAUUAAAAUAUAUAUAUAUAUAUAUAUAUCUAUAUGAUAUUAUGAUGAUAUAUUAUAUACUAUGUGACUAGGAUAUUACACAAUAUUAUAUCUACACUAUACAUGUUAUAAUGUGUCACAUUAUGACAAUGUACAAAGGUGUGUAAAAUCACAAUCACGGUAGUGGAUCUGUAAUGGUUAUAGGUAUCUAUCUUUAGUGAAGCAAUGACACUGAUUUACCUGUGCUUUAUAGAAAUUAAUAAGCAAUUAUUGUUAAUGUCUUGUAUAUUGAAGACUUUUGGCAGUACUUAGCUAACACAAAAAGGUAGUGUUCAUGUAUGAAGCUGUCAGCAGGUGUUAAAACAGUAGGCGUUUUGAGUUUUAGGAACAUUAAGAGCAGCUGAGUUAAAAAUCUCCUUGAUGACAAGAGGUCUAUAAUCAGCUGUCAUUUUAAUGUGACCCUGUCAGCUUAUAACUAACCCUAAAGGCUUAUAACUAUUUGUAUCAAAUACCUUGUUUAUAGUAAAUAUAUUUUAUAUUAAUUAGAAUACACCUAAGAAGUUACCUUGGGAUUUUUAUUUACUAUUUUAUAGACCAAUAAUCAAUUAUACCGUAAAAUAAUCAUAUUAAUCAUUAAUAAAAAUAGUUAGAUUCAGCUCUUCUAGAGAAAAUAAAUCCACUUUUAAACCAUAUAACGCCUAGCCAUUUGAUUCAUUUUGGUGAUAUAGCAAGCAGCAUAAACUGCAUAAACACAGCUAAGAUGAAGGUUAGAGUAUAGAAUGAUCUUUUUGAACUAUGAUAUCUCUACAGGAUUAUCUUUAUACUGUAUCUGGUGAUUUCCUAUAUAUGAAACUCGCAUUUUACAUGUGAAGGUGACAACUUUCCCCUGUGGGCCAGCAAAAGGCUCUAUGAUACUUUCCCAUGUGGUGUCUCACAACCUACUUCAUGGACCGCUCUCAGUAACUGAAAAUAUACCUGUUGCAAAACCACAAACGACUGUGUCGCACUGGCUGUUUGUUAUUGGUGUAUUUUGUUUGAUCCUGUUAUGCUGUUGUCAUGAAUGUGGACAUGAUGUGCUGUUCAACGUGCCCCCAAACAUUAUUUAUAAAAAUCUAUAAAGGGGAACUCCUCUGUGUGAGGUUUUUUUUGUGCAUCAGGAGGGAGUUUAUAAAUUCUGAUUAAAACACAGUCUCUUGUGUCUUGGUGGACUCGGAUUGUCUGAGGGGCAGGGGCAAAAAAAAUAAAAAGGGCACCAGCAUGCAGAAAGUUUUCUAGCAUGAGGGCAGCCUACAUGGCAUUGGAUCCCAUUUUGUUCAUUUAAAGGCACCCAUUGGUGAACUGCAUCCCGUUUUCGCCAAUGAAAGGGCACUUUAUCAUGUUUUAUCUGCUGAUAAGGUCACCAGUGCCUGGAGACUACAGAUUAGAACAAAGUCUGUUACAAAUGGGGACGUGGAGUUUAAAUAUUUGGGCAGUUUCACAAAAAGGAGAAUCUAAUGAAAAGACACAAUUGGUUGCAUCAUGGGAAAUGUAGGAUCCAGUGUUUUUACUCCUACCAGGGACAACGAUUCAGGAUGUUUCUUGUAGCACUUUUGACCUUUUUUUUUUUUUCUGUCUCUCGCAAGUCCUCCAACUGUUUUUUCACAACAAAAUUAAUUUGUCUGUCUUGCAGAGAAAUUAAAAAUUACUGGUUCACAGCACUGCAUAAGCAGAUCAGGAAGAAGCAUGUUAAAAAAAGGGGAGCUUGAAAGACCACCACCAUUUCCAAUUUUAUUCUUGGUCGCUUUGUAAAAGACCUUUUACCCUCCCGUGACAUUUGUUCACUACAAAAUGCAUCUGGCCGCUUUGCAGAGAAACUGACAAUCGCAGGUGUUGUUCACAGCUCUGCCUACAUAGAUCAGGAGGUAGAAUGUUACAAAAAGGUGAGAUCGGCACAGCACCACCUUCUUCUGCAAUCAGUUUUAUUUUUCAUUCUUCUGAGUUGCAUGUUCGUUGCUUUUUAAAAGACCUUUCACCCACAGACCUCGUGGAUUGCAUGACAUGUUAUAGCGAGUUCAAGUCAAACGUGCCAACAAGUCCUGGUGAUAAAUGCAAGGUUAUUGUCAUCACAAGAACGAGUUUGCUCGUGUGUGUGUGUGUGUGUGUGUGUGUGUGUGUGUUGCUUUGUGUUUAAAUAUCAAUAAUGGAGUCAGUUUACCCAGCAUCACAAGAUUAAAAGUCUACAGCCACUCAAUUCUGUAAGGCUUCACUUUGAACUAAAUGCAAGUAUCAGCAUGCUAACAUUUUUAGCAGGUAUUAUGUUUACCAUAUUUGUAUAAGCAUGGUAACAUUUGCUAGCACAAAGCUAAAGCAGGUGGGAAUGUCAGUAGAUGAAAUGGCACAAACCGUUUUACAAAGGUUUGUGCCAGGGAGAAAAAAUGUCAUUGCAUUCUUGUUGUACUUUGUACUUUUAAAUGCACAUGACAAUAAACUUGAUCUUGAACA